AUGAAGUUCAUGGGAGAAGAAAAUACUGUUGCAAACAGAGUAACAGAACUAACAGAAGAACCAACUUGGAUUGUCAUUGUGAUCUCAGAGCAGGGUCUCAAAAUAUUGAGGAACACCUCUCCAGAGAAACUUACAUAUCUGGGUUUACACUGCCGUAUUAGAGAAACCUGGCUAUGCCUUCCCCAAUGUUAUCAAGAGGCACGUGCUACUGCUGGAGCUGAUGGUGAUGAUGAUGACGAUCUUGAUCUUUUUGAUGGCAAAAGUGAAGAAAGAUACCAAGUAGACUAAAGAGUAUACGUCUUUCUCAGUGAUUGUGGAUCACUGUGACAUAGUAAAUUUUUAGGAUAUGUCUUUUGGUUCUUCGGCGAAAGAAAUUAUUACAUAGUUAUUAUCUUUCAAGAGAACAAUUGGUUAUUUAUUCCAACUUUUUAUAAUGCUUCUAACUUAAUUAAUCAAACCCAGAUGAUGAUAACAAUAAAG